GGUCCGGACCCCUGAAGAGAGGACAGAGAGAGAGAGCCGUCCAGAGAGCCGUCCAGACCCCUGACGAGGACACAGGGGAGGCCCCAUGCCUGCAGACCUCCAGUGACCCCUCACCAGGAGAGGAAUGAUAUGUCAAAGCGAGGACCGAGCAGACACCAGACGCUGAAGCACUUCUGCAACACCAUGGGGCUGCUAGGCUUCUUCAAGGAUUACAUCCUGGGCUUCCUGGACUAUGAGACCCCCAAGGUGAUGGUGGUGAGGAACCGCAACCUGGGAGUCAUCUACAGGGGGGUCCAGUUCCUGGUCAUCACCUAUUUCAUCUGGUACGUCUUCAUCAAGGAGAAGGCCUACCAGGACUUUGAGUCGGGCCUGGAGAGCUCGGUGACCACGAGGAUGAAGGGCACAGCGGUGCAGGGCGGCCUGGUGCACGACUCUGAGGAGUACGCACACCCCUCAGAGAGACAGCUAGGGUAA